CAUGGAUUGAUCAUCGUUCACAUCGCAACCGCAAUGCCGUCGUUACCGCCGCAACUGCCGGUGGUGGCGGCACCACGAAGACGUCGAUCCAAGAAAGAAACACGGACGGUCCACGUGUCGGUGUUCAAUUACACGCCGGAGAGGGACUGGGCGGAUCUGCACCCGGACCUAAUCUCCCGUGUCUUCCACAAGCUGAACCUGGUCGAGCUCCUGGCUGGUGGAGUGGCCCGCGUGUGCAGCUCCUGGCGGCGGGCAGCCCGGGAAGACCCGGAGCUGUGGCGUCGCAUGCGCAUCAACCUGCACCGCGGGCUGUGGUUCCGCUACGACCUCAAGUUCGUCCUCGUAGCCAUGGUGCGGGACGCCGCCCUGCGGUUCAGCAAGGGCCAGUGCAAAACCUUCUGUAGCGACCUUGCCGACGACGACAUCCUCCUCGUCCUCGCCAGGCAGGCACACUAUCGAAACAGGCUCUUUCUCUACAGGUGCCCCAUUGUCACAAAGGAAGGAUUAGCGAAGGGCGACUAUUACGGUACUUGUACUUUUUCUGACUACCAUCCCUAUAGCCCAGUGUGUAGUUACUGUCGCCCUUGGAACUAUCUGGAAUACGACGCCGACGAAUCCUAUGAAGCUUGUUGCUACUAUCUUGGUGACGGCGAUGAUGUUGAUGAGGCCGAUCUCGAAGAGCAUGAGAAGAUCCUAGACAUCAAGAGCAUGCGCAGGUACUUAAGCUAAUGAAAGGGUGUAUAUAUGUCAACAAUGUUUCGAUGCCCCCUCUCGAAUGCAUGCAAACUCGCUCAACAAUACAUGGCUGAUUUCUCUCUUUAUCUUCUGUUUCCGUUUGUUUGAAACAAGAUUAAGUGCUUGUCAAUUUGCUAAUUAUUU